GAAAAAAUACAAAGAUAUACUAUCUAGUCAUAGAGAGGAAGAUGGAAUUAGAGACAUUUAGAUGAGACAGACAGUAAAACCUGAUUAUAAGGCAAAGAAAGGGAACGAGGUCUACAGUUGUUGCGAAUAUUCCUGUGUGCUCAUACACUUGUCACUCAGCUGUCUCAAAUCAGUCCAACUGCCUAAAAAUGUAAUCAGAAAGGAAAUGUAUUGGUGUCCUGUAUAACCAAAAGUAUAGCGAGAAGUCUGUAAGAAAUCGCUGAGAGACUGAAAGCCCAUAAAACUCAGCACUUGAGGUGCUCAUUGUGGGUUUUUUUUCCACUGGGAGCCUCUGCAGAGAGUUUGAAUGUUCUUCUUUUCCCUCUGCCAUCACGUGGCUGCAGCCACCAGGUUUACCUGGAGCCUUCUCAAUCCCAGGGUGGACAGACCCACCUCUCCAGGCCUCUCCCUGCACACCACAUGCUCCAACUCAGGGUCACUUUGCUGGACCCACUCCAGCCUGUCAGCCCGUCUGCUUCCAUCGGUCUUCUGUUCAGGGGAAGCAGUCAAGCUGCUUCCUGGCUUGUUAUCCUGCUCCUGUGCUGCGUGAAGCUCUCCCAGCCCCUGGAAAACUGUAAGAGUGGUGAGGCAUUGGCACAGGCUGCCCAAGGAGGUGGUGUGGUUACUACCCCUGAAGGUGUUCAAGAAUCAUGGAGAUGUGGCACUGAGGGCCAUGGUUAAUGGGGGGCAUGGUAGGGAUGGGUUGAUGGUUGGACUAGAUAAUCUCAGAGGUCUUUUCCAACCACGAUGAUUCCAUGACUCUUUGCUUUUGCUGUCCCUGUACCUCCUGAGGGUCUUCUCAAACAGUUUUCUCUGCCCAGAUCCCUCUGAGUGGCACCUCUGCCCUCCAAUACAUUAAUCAUUCUCUCCCAGUUUGGUAUCAUUUGGAAACCUGACAUGUGUUCAAAGUUUAGCUAUUAAAAAUAGCAGCAGCUUUGCUCAAAUACUUUUGUGGAAUCAUUAUAACACUGAGUUUAAUUUGUCAGGCAAAUUACAAAGGCAUCUGGAGCAAAAAAAAAAAAAAAAGAAAAGUACUUAGUACAAUUCGCAUUCAUCAGUGGACCAAAAGACUGAUUUGCUUUUUGUGGAACUGAAUGUGAGUAAAAUUGAGAUUUGGCAACUUGUGAUUUAAAGUCCCCACCCACAGGUUAACCAAGUGUUUGAGGAAAGAAGCCUGCAACAUGCACACAGCACUCUAUUUCAGAACAGAGGAAAUAUGUAAGUACUAAAUAAUAUUAAUAAUCUAACACCUGUUUGUUGCCUCUUACCUUAGACUAUUGAUCCAUUUUAUAAUUAUUAAACUGAGCUGCAGGCUCUGUUCAUAGCAUAACUUCAUUUGGAUGAAAUAUGGUUUCUAUUAACAGCGAGCAGCAAUUCUGCACAUCAGUGCUCAGACACGAGGGAGGGAGAAAUGAGCAGGUCCUGAUGGGGUUCACUGGAUGGAAAGGAACAGCCUGAGAUGAACUCAGAGCAACUGAAAAAUAGUCUCCUUUACAAACACUCAGCUUCAGCUCUGCAACUGGAAUUGAAAUAAGCACAACUGAGAUUUUAAUUCAAAUUUAGAAACACAGGAUCAUAGAAUUGCGCUGGUUGGAAAAGACCUUAAAGGUCAUGAAGUCCAACUGCAAUCUAAUCAUACUUCCCUAACUCCACUAAAUCAUGUCCCUGAGCACCAUAUCCAAAUGGUUUUUAAACACAUUCAGGGAAAAUUUCCUGGCCAUUGGAAUUUCUCAGAAGAAUUAGUGAGGUUUAGAAUAUCUGUCACACUGCAAAAUGAAGCAUUUGGAGCACAGGGCACAAAGUAUCAGUGCAAUGGCAGGAAAACGGGAGUACCAACCUUGAACUUUGGGACAAUUCUGUGCUGCCCCAGACAUGACAAAAUGAAACAUCUGGGUGUUUACAAAAAGAUUACAAGAAAAACUUGGAAAUAAACUAUAUUGUACUUUAUGAAACUUGAUCCUAUGCUUUUGAGUAGAAAAGGAGGCACUGCUUAGGAUAUUAAAAUGUUUACAGCAGGUAUUCUUCCACCUCUCCCACGAAAAGCUUUGAAAUAAAUCAACUCAAUUUCAGUAGUCAUUUUGUUCUAAAAACAUGUGAAAGUUAAUACAAUGAAUAUGCACUGAGAGAUAACGGAGUUCUCCCACCUAAAUGACUUGUAUUAUUCUGAUAAUAUCUAAAACUUCUCAUUUUCUGAGCAAAAUGAGCCUCGUUAGGGCCCCCUCCCCCUCAGCUUUGCCCUUUCCUUCUGGCUGAAGUAGCCAGUAGACAUUAAAGACCAACCACAUAGCCUAAUCUCCUUUCAACUUCUGUUAACAGAGGUAUUAAAAAGACAUUCCUGAAAAAUCAGCUGAAAGCCACUAGGUAAUAAACUCCCUACUUAAAAGGUGGAUAGGUGUAAAUUCCACACGUAGGCCUUUUCAUCUAGGAAGCCAGUUGCUUGGAGAUCAGAUGUUUUAAAUGAACUGCGGAGCUGAUGUCACUUUUCAGUCAACAGAGACUGCCACUAUUUGGAGGAUCAAAUAGAUGUGAGGAUGUAAAGCAAGUAGACGGGUCCUGCUCCUGCCAGGGCAACUGCAGAGAGGUGCCUGCCACCAUCCAAAGCGCUGGUGAAAUCUAUGAUACUUAGCAUGACAUCCACAAUACUUGUCCUUCAUCAGCAGGCUUUUGGUGUGGUAUUUUGGAGUAGAGAGAGCUGAAGAGUUUAAAUGUCUAAGGCAGGAUUUUUAGCAGCUCUGUAACUUACCAGUUUCUGGUCCUACUACAAAUGAAUAGCAGUAUUUUCUCUCAUCCUAGCCACCAAAGGUGGUGAUAACAAUUAGGGAUCCAAUUUGCACAUGGUUUUCACUGAUUGUAGUAAGGAGUUGCAGUUACUUUUUAGGGGAACUCAGCAUCAGCUCCAGUUCUUACUGCCUUGCUUCCCCCUAAGAGUUGUAGAUAGUUGUUCAUCCAUAUUCUUUGGAACAAUGACCUCAGAAAAAAAAGAUGUGGGUAUUUGCUGGUACAGUGCAGCUUACUUAUCUACAAAUCCUACUGAUUUCAGCUGAGAUUGAAUUCAAGAUAGACUCUCUUCCAGAAGUAUUAAAAAACCCUCAAAUAAAUUCAUUAAAAAAAAAAAAAACAAAACACUUCUACUCCAAAUUAAGGGAAAGCAUUAAAAAAGAGAGAAGCAUCACCCAGUGGCUAAUGGGACUCUGGAUAACAAAUGGGCUAGAUCCUUUUCUUCCUUUAUUGCCAGCUUAGGCGUAAACAGAGGUGUCCAGUGUUACUUUUCGGAAGUGUUGAACACCUGCUGCGUCUACUGAAACCAGGGAGACCUGCAGCUGCUUGCACCACGUUUUACAUCUGUGCGGCUGGGUCUGUGCAAAGCAGGAUCAUCAACAGCCAGCUGUACGGAGAGUGGGAGGCAAAGCAGAGAGUGCUUGGAAAACCAUGUUAAGCGAGAGAUGAAGUGACUUUGAAGAGCUUUGCAGAUGUAGAAUAAAGUUGAAAACAUAUCAUCUCAGAGCUCUGUUUGUAUAACGUACUGCUUGUCAGUGCAGUAAGACCAGACUUCUGUCCCAACAGCAGGAGGUGGACUGCUAAGUGCUACUGAAAUAUAUUCAGCCACUUCAUAUGACUUUUUCCUCACUAUUUCAAGUCUGUUUACUCUCCAAACCUCACAGAUUGAUGGAAAUAUGAUCUGGAAUUUUUACAGACUAAAAAUGUGUGUCAAUCCUUAAAUAUCUACAUAAUUACCUACCGUAUCUGUGAGUGACAUACUACCUGGACAUCUUAUUUUAAAUGUAAACCCUGAAUCAGACACACAGAAGCUAAAAAAAAUUCAAUUUUAUGCUUUUCUUUUAGAUAUAAAAAGUUUUGCUCCAUCCAUGCUUCUCCUUCCUUCUGUUAUAAAUACAGAAAUCUGAUUAGGGAACCUUUCAUUUCAAAAGAGAUGAAGAUGGAGAUGUUAGCCUUUAUAUUGCUGAAUAAAUUACUGGAAUGGAAAUCAAAACUGUCAGUCAAGCAGAAAAUCCCUCAUCAUUUUGUAAGUGUGAGUAUGUCAUUGGCGUUAGCCUCAUUUCUUACUGCCUUGCAAUCUUUUGGCAUUACUGGGAGAACAAAAGGGACUUCUCCAAAUCUGCUCAAGGUCGAAUAAAAUAAAGAUUGCAAUGCUUCUUUAAAUUUCUUCUUCUUCUUCUUUUUUUUUUUUCCUCCAUGUAUUUAAACUUUAGGAAGGUGACAUUUGAAACACUAGACUUUCUUAGUUCUUUAAUGGAUGAGCAUCAAACAGUCCUAGAAUAUAUGAGAAUAUACCUGGUAUCCACCACAUAGCCGUACCCUCCUCUGUAUCACAUUUUCAACCCUGCUAUAGUGGAACACCAUGACUUCUAUCAUUUCCAGUAUUUUUUUUUUUCCUAUUGUAACUGUCCCUAAUUUUUGAGAUCAUUUCCCAACCGAUGAUUCUCACAUUGCAGGUAGAGAUGUGGUUGCAGACAAAAAUUAAUUACAGAAUGACAGAAUCACGGAAUGAAUACAAGAAAAACUAAAAACCAUGAUCCUCUGUUGAAUUAAAUAGUCUGUAGAACAUACAGGAAUCCUGGACCUUGCAUUGCUUCUUGAUUUUUUUACAUUUACCAUUAUUAUGCAUUGGUUAGAGAUAGCAAACAAGUCAUUUGUUGAAAUUUUUGCUUCCAAAUUUGGCUGCCUUCAAUGGCAGUAAAUUUUUGAUUCCAAAAUCAAAAUCAAUGAGAAGAAAGGGUCAUAUAUAUAUAAAUAUGCAUUUAUAUAUGCACUGUGAAGGUACUAUAAAUACAAAUACAAAUAUGAGGAAAACACAAAAAGAGAAUGGGAGAUUUUAACUGGGACAAAAGUUACUCAUUUUUAUGCUAAAUCAGUUUUUGAGUCUGACUUGUGACUUGGUGACCUCUGAAAUGGUGCUCACUCAGCUCUCUAGUCACAAAAAUACCUGCUGUAAAUCUUCUCUUAAUUUUAAUUUAUAGCAGGAAUUUGUUCUUCUUUGGACUAUUGCAACUCAUUUUCCUUAAAGAAAAAAGAAAAGAUCAGAACAACACAGGAUAACUGGAAAACCCGAAGCAAUCCUGACUGAGAGUGGAUUACUAAGCACACAGAGGUCAUUACACUGAAGCUCUAAACUAAAUCCUACCCUACUUUUCUUGAUCCUUCAGGUUAGCACUUGCUCUCUCUUUCUUUUCAUUGUAUAUUAUAUCUUGCUUCUAUUACAGAUUAAUAUGAAGCCAUGGCUGGCAGCUGAGCUGCUCAGUGGCUACAGAGCUCAGUAGUUUUCCCUCCUAAUGAUUUGCUGUGUGGUCUUGAGCAAGUUCCCCCUUGACUCUGCUUAUCCAUUUGCUUGGGGAAUAAAGAUCAUUAAUCAUCACUGUAAACUCUUCAGAGGCCUACAGAUGAAAAGUGCUCAUUAUUAAUGCUAUUCAUUUUUAGGAUAUAUAUUUUCAUUUGAAAUACCUAACAUCUAUCUUCACUGUUGUAUUCAGUAAGGGAUGGAAAAGUUUUUUUUAGCAGAAAAACAGAUUCAUAGAGGUAGAAAUUCUUAUAUAAAUAUCUUCUAGUCUUCUCUUACACAUUUCUAACCUCUAUACAGCUUUGAAUUAAAUUCCUAUCUAAGACAACUGCUCAGGCCCAAAGUUUGUGUUGAUUUAAUUUCCUGUAUGUUUAUUUUUUUUAAUUACAUCUUCCCAAAUCUUUUGUUAAAUAGGACUCUGACUUUCUUUACAACUACAAAUUUCCUUUUUGCCUUCUGACUCAAGAUUUGAAAUGAUAAACUAAGUGCAGUUCCCUGUAGGGAAUAUCUAGAUUUUCCCCUUUCUCUUGUUGAAAAGCUAAUUAUUCAAAGAGAAAUUACAACCCUACAAGACGAGAAAUCCACAGAGCCACACACAUCAAAGUCCAAGACAACCAUUUUUGGGUUUCACAAUUAAGAUGCAUUUAGUGAGAGAAUCUCAGCCACAGUCAGCAUGGACCAGCUGAUCACUGCUGCGGUGCAGUUCCUUCCGAACAGUCACACAGAAAACAGGGCCCAAUAGUUUAAAUUCUGGCCCUAUGUCAGUGCUCGCUAUCUUUAAACUCUCUGUUAACUGCUUUGUAAAAUGGUUAAUUUUCUUUUUCCUCUCCCAUCACUUAUCCCCCCAGUGCAGCGUUAAAUGUUGAUGCGCAGCCUUAAUUGGUUUAGUCACAAGAAGAUAAUCUUUUUUUCCUCCUUCCUCACUGUUGCAUGUUAGCUUAAAGGCUUUUUAGCUGAAGGUUGAUAAUUAUCACUGAGAAGAAACUAGCACAUCAGGAGUUCAUUUUCCAUCUUAGCACUUGUGGUGCUCCUUUGAACUCCCCUGGCCAAACCCACGUUCCCACUUUGUCACUUUCCUCCCUCCAUCAUAAAAAGGUCUCAGCAGCAGGCAGCUCCAGCCUUUGCUGGCGGGCAGCGGGAAUUGCUUCUCCCGCGCGCUCCUCCAGAAUGGACAAAUUGCAUGAGACGUUGAUAAAUAUGGAAGACACUUUGGGUUCGGAGCACUCUGUCUGCUUAUCCUCCUGGGACUGGAAGAACUCCACUGGGGCUUUCGAGCUGCACUCCGUCUCCUCUCCACACAGCUUGUCCCCAACGCCAUCCUUUGAGUCUUACUCCUCGUCCCCGUGCCCGGCAGCAGCUGAGACCCCAUACAGCGGUGGCGGCCUGGUGGGCUACGGCCUGGUGGACUUCCCCCCAGCCUACCUGCCCAGCCCCGGUCAGGCCCGGCUGCCCAAGGGCACCAAGGUGCGGAUGUCAGCUCAGCGCCGGAGGAAAGCCAGCGAGAGGGAGAAGCUGCGGAUGAGGACCCUGGCCGAUGCGCUGCACACACUGCGCAACUACCUGCCGCCCGCCUACAGCCAGCGGGGACAGCCCCUCACCAAAAUACAGACCCUCAAGUACACCAUCAAGUACAUCAGCGAACUGACGGAGCUCCUCAACAGCGUCAAGCGGGUGUAGGGCCCGGUUGGAACACCUGCCCUGGCACCCCCAGGCUCUGCUGUGGAAGAGCCCUUCGAAAAAGACAACGAAACCAGCUCGAUUUCUCCUUUCUUGGAGCAUGGCUGCAUGGGGUGACAGAGGAACGUAAGGGAGGGAGAGCGAGGGUCUCUGCGUAUGUAGGACGCGAUGCUGGAAGGUGAUGUGGGGCUGCCUAAAGCCUGAGCUGCAAGUUGCUGCGAUGGAAGUCUUGCUUUUCGUUUUUCUUAUGCUCCUGUUUUGUCAUUUUUUGUUUGUUUAUUUUAAUGAUAAGCUCCUGACAAAUUUUAAAGCUGAUCUGAUAUGAAUCAAAAAGCCAUGUGAACCUUCUAGGAUUUACAUAUCUGUGUUCUGACUGGUUUUCUGUUUAAUGCAGACAACAGUAAAUCCAUAGGUUUUAAAGUGAAUUUGUAAAAAGUAACAACAACCACAUAGGAUUUAUAAGUGUAUUGAUUUGUAGGCACUUUAAUAUCAGGAUGAGGGGGAACAUGUUUAGCUAGUUCAAAUAUUACUUAAUUGUCUACAUUUCCUCUGUACUUAAAAAUCAAGAAAGGAACUAAUAGCAGGAACUUCUUUGCUCAUAACAAAUAAAUAUCAAUGUUAUAGUCUGUACUUUGUGUUACAUACCUGGUAGAUAAGUAAAGUCUAAAACUGAUGAUUAAACACUGGAAAUGAAAUAUAAACCAACUGAUCUUGUAUAGAUAAAUUGCUGCUAAAGUCUAUCUUCUGUUU